AUCGUUGGUUUCUCACCUGGCUUUGCGGUGGGCUCUGUGCCGGGCGCUAAGGACUCAGUAUCGGCAAGACAGAGCUACAGCCCUCACAGUCUGGCUGCCCCACCCUGAAAAUUGACAAAAUUCCCAACCUUCCUGCUUCCUUCCAGCCAGAUCACAGCAGACGGACUGGCAUGAGCGAAUGUCCACGGGUGGGGAAGGCCAGGGCAGGUGGGGUGCUGCUGGACGGGAGAAAGUGGGGCUGGGGGCUCUGAUCCAAAUUUAAUGAGUCAAGCCCUGGCAGGGGAAGCUAAGAGCUGGGGAGGCCUAUGGGUCCAACAGGGCUUAUGGCCAUAUCUGGUGGGCAAGGGGAGCCAGAGGGGGACUGGGAGACAGUGGAUGGCCCCACUCUAAAUAAACCCAAUAAGCAGAAACCAGAUUUGCCUUGGUGUAACAAACCUGGGCUCCUGCACUGCCCCAAAUCCCUAGGGGCUGCAGAGCCACCCCACCCCCACCCCCACCCCCAGGGCCCACUUACAACGUGGGGGGUAGAGGAUGGAUGGACCCUGGAAGCUGAAAGUAGCACAGAUCAUCUGUUGUUUCUGGACAGACCCCACCCCCACCCAGCAGGGUAGAUGUGAAGCCACCAGCCUCUGGUAGGAGCCAGUAUCCAUUUCCCACAGGCUUGGGGACAGUCUCCACUACUCAGGAUCUGAGGCCCUGGCACCCCCUCAUGGUUUCUUGGGGCUGCAACAGAGUUGAGUACUACAAGGCAGCCAGGUUUCCGGGAGGAGUCCAGCCAGAAGGCUCAGGGUCUCUGGAGGGAGCCCUGGGAGCCCAGGGUUUGGGUCUUCCUAUAGGAGGUGAGAAAUCUCCAGAGCCUGGGAACUUUAGGCUUAAUUGAACGACUUCCACCCAGCAGUACUCCUUGUCCCGUCUGAACAUAUACGCAGACCCCAGACCCCCUCAGCUGAGACAGGCAUGCCCUACGUGCCCUUAAGCGGGUCUCAGACACCCACAGGGAGCAGAUCAGGAGAAGGACAGGAAGUGAGUCCCUCCUCCGUGCCCCUGGGAGCACCUGCCUUGGGACUCAUUUUCCCCAUCUGACGACAGUCCUGCAAAAUAUGCUCUGGAAGAGCCUGGACAUCUCUGCAUGUCAGAGACCUUGUUGUGCUCAGGCACACGUGUGCACAUAGGCACAGGCACGUGCAAGUGUGCACACAGGCAGGCACGCACGUGCAUAAGUGCACACACACGCCCAGGCGAAAACCACCGGCUCGUGUGCGCGUGUUUUUGCAUCCAUACACAAAUACCCAAGUUUACGUGUCAUGCUACAUCAGCACGUGUGCACGUGAGGAAGAAGGAACGAAAGCGUGUCGACACACGUGCACACAUGUGCCCGGCGUGCGUGGGCACCCAUGUGCUCCCAAGGCACGGGCGUACAUGCAAGCGUACACGUGAACAAAUGUGUCAUGUCAUUGUUUUGGUUGUUGCCAGCAAAGGAUAGACACACACACACCCAGGCACACAUAGCAGACGUGCACGGCGCCCCCCAAGUCUGUUGGAGCCGUGGAGGUAUGGAGAGGCCCUGCCCAGGUCAGAUCCAGCCCUCGGUGCGGGGCAAACGCAAUGUCCUCCCUUCCUUCUUGACUCUGCAGAGCGUAGAACCCUGGUCCAGAGUCACCCAGCCCUUCUCAACCACUUCCUUCUGUGUGACCCUCUGAGCCUCUCCUUCCUUAUCAGUAGAAUGGGGCUGAUGACGUGAAUGCCCAUCCACCAGGGCCUAUGUGAGCUUACAAAAUAAGAGCAGUGCUGAGUCCAGUGCUGGACAUGGGCAGGUGCUCCAUGCUUGGCUCUCCCUCUCUUCCCUUCUACCAGCCCCACCUCCCUGCCUGCACCCUAGGGGCUCAGGGUCCUACUCUCCCCCUUCUAAGCCUGGACCCUACGGAACAUGUCCCCCUGCUCCGGCGCAGGGGCUGGACUGUCUGCACGGUCUCUCCUAGAGGGUUGGGGCUCAUAGAGAGGGGUGCAAAGUCAGCAGCUGAGGGAUUGGGGCCAUGCCAGCCUGAUUAGGAGGGCUGGGGGCUGAGCUGGAUUCACCUGUCCUUGUCUCUCAUUGGCUCUUGGGAACCCCUGGCCCCCAAAUCCCACUAAGCAGCAUCACCCGGGCCUGCACAGGUCUGGGGAAAGCCAGUUGAUUGCCAGUCCCGGAGUCAGAAGGGUGUUGGGAGACCUGAGGCCGGCCCGAGCCCGGCUCUGGGGAUCCCCUCCAUCUAGAAGAGCCAACUAACCACCCUGUUGACCUGCUGCUGGGACCAUGGGGGCUGGGGCCAGCGCUGAGGAGAAGCACUCAAGAGAGCUGGAAAAGAAGCUAAAAGAAGAUGCUGAGAAGGAUGCUCGAACUGUGAAACUGCUGCUUCUGGGUGCGGGUGAGUCCGGGAAGAGCACCAUUGUCAAGCAGAUGAAGAUUAUCCACCAGGAUGGGUACUCGUUGGAAGAGUGCCUCGAGUUCAUUAGCAUCAUCUACGGCAACACGCUGCAGUCCAUCCUCGCCAUCGUGCGCGCCAUGACCACGCUCAACAUCCAGUAUGGAGACUCUGCCCGCCAGGACGACGCCCGGAAGCUGAUGCACAUGGCGGACACCAUCGAAGAGGGCACCAUGCCCAAGGAGAUGUCGGACAUCAUCCAGCGGCUGUGGAAGGACUCGGGUAUCCAGGCCUGUUUCGAUCGCGCCUCUGAGUACCAGCUCAACGACUCCGCGGGCUACUACCUCUCGGACCUGGAGCGCCUGGUCACCCCGGGCUACGUGCCCACUGAGCAGGACGUGCUGCGCUCGCGUGUCAAGACCACAGGCAUCAUUGAGACGCAGUUCUCCUUCAAGGACCUCCACUUCCGGAUGUUCGAUGUGGGCGGGCAGCGCUCAGAGCGCAAGAAGUGGAUCCAUUGCUUCGAGGGCGUGACCUGCAUCAUCUUCAUCGCCGCGCUGAGCGCCUACGACAUGGUGCUGGUGGAGGACGACGAAGUGAACCGCAUGCACGAGAGCCUGCACCUGUUCAACAGCAUCUGCAACCACCGCUACUUCGCCACCACGUCCAUCGUGCUCUUCCUCAACAAGAAGGACGUUUUCACCGAGAAGAUCAAAAAGGCGCAUCUCAGCAUCUGCUUCCCGGAUUACGACGGGCCCAACACAUACGAGGACGCGGGCAACUACAUCAAGGUGCAGUUCCUCGAGCUCAACAUGCGCCGUGACGUGAAGGAGAUCUAUUCCCAUAUGACUUGUGCUACGGACACGCAGAACGUCAAAUUUGUCUUCGACGCCGUAACAGACAUCAUCAUCAAGGAGAACCUCAAAGACUGCGGACUCUUUUGAGGUGCCUGAACUCAUGCGUGUCCCUGACACUCCGUAGCUCUAGCCGCCCUGUAGCCCUAGCCCACAGGAACCUAUCAGCCCCCCAGAACUCCUGGGCCCCAGCCUGUGGCCCCACCAGCCACACACCCAAAACUCCGAGCCCCACUAGCCUUGAGGCCCUGACCCUCCCACGUGUCUCCCAGAGCCCAGUGCCCCCAACCCCACUGCUGCCCUUCACGGCUUGGCUGCGCUGGCCUCCAGGACCCACCCCAGCCAGCCCCAGCUAGGAACAGGCAGGACUUGGGAUAGCUAGAGCUCACAGUGACUCAGCAGUGCCCAACUGACCAAUCUCCUGCAGGUCUCUCUCCCCAGGGGGCCCAUGACUCACCUGGUGGGUCUGGGCUCAGCAAAUAGCCCUCCCUCCCAGUUUCAUGAAGAGCGGGGGAGCAGGCAGAGAUCCCUCCUCCAAGGCUUACCAUCAGCCCAUUCCAGCCUUACCACCUCCAUGUGACAAGUCUGACACCUGUCUACCCAGUGGCCAGUGACUGUCCCUCUCAGUAGCUUCAGGAGUCCAAAGUCCAAGCCACUCUGGCCUGUUUGGCUCCUGCAUGGAUGAAUUAGUGAGUGGGGGGCACACCUGGGAGCCCCUGGGUGUCAGGAAGAGAUUCAAGCUGGACCCUUCCCCACAUAGCAGGCUCAGAGUAACCCCCUGUCCCCUUACCCCACAGGCUCUGCCCCCUCCAUCCUUGGACACCAGAUCCAUGUCCUACCUCACCCCCACCCACCCACAGUGCUCCAGGCCAGCCGGCCAAGGGGAUGGUCUGUUGAGGGAGGGUACUGUUGACAAUAACUGUGGCCAAUGGUCUAACUGUCCUGAGGGGCGGCUGAGGGGGCAGAGUCCAGCUCCAUCGAUCAGCCCCAGGCAGAGGAUUUGGGAAAUGACUGAGGCCCAGGUUGGGCCCAGAGUGGUCUACCUCAGGUGGGGUCACAAGCAAACCCAGGUAACCCUCCUGUCCCUGCCAGCAACUUCUCGAACCCUUUCCAUUCAGAGCCCAUUCCCUGGCAGGAAAAACUGAGGACCAUGUCUGAAUUUUGUCAGGGACAGAGGCCCUUGUCCCUAUAUCCCUGCUCCCAGUUCCUCAUCAAGGCCUGAGUCCUUGCUGAUGCCUGUGACCCAAGACCUGUGCUAAGUCGAGGACAGGGGCUUCCAUCUCUCAAGGCCAGAUGACAGGCUGCACUCCCCUCAGGUAGAAGCACAGACUCAGCAAUAAACCUUUGCAUCAGG